AUGAAGAAAAGCUGGAACGUUCAUCAAGACUUAAAUUAUAUCGUCCGAGCCGAAAGAUGUGAAAAGGACGGAUGUAUAUUGGAAUCGCAAAAACUAUAUGAAGAAGGUAUUAAUAAAUUACGCAAUUCCCUCAAAGAAUGCAUAAAUCCAUCGAAUCAGGAAUUCUACAAGACAAAAUUGAAGCAAUUUGAACAGAAAGCCCACAUGCUUAACAAACAUAUUGAGAAAGCUAUCACAAAAAGUCAAUUAGUUGAGCAGGUGUUUAUACCUCAAGACGUGCGAGGUCAUAGCUUUCGUAAGAUAUUUGAAAGAUUUUUGAACGAAAGCGUUGCCGAAGUUCAUAUAUAUGAACCGUUUAUGGAAAUAGAGCAACAUUUCAAAAAUCUAGUUUGCUUCAUUGAAGUGCUGGUGAAAUCGUGCCCGAAUUUACAAUUUAUACGUCUAAUAACAAAACGGGAUCCACGUCUAACGUCGCACCAGUUAAGGAUUUUCCAAGGUCUUAAAGGAGAUUUGGCCUCCGGUGGUGUAUCGUUCAAUCAUCAAUUUAAUUCCACAGUGAGGGAGAGCAAAAUUAUGUUCAAUAACGGUAUGAUUAUAAAGAGUUCCCGCGGCUUACAUAUCUAUCAUAUACAGAGCAGUCCCUAUCGUUUAGGAUCUUUCGACUACGAUUUUUUGCAAUGCUUGAAAACUGAGAUAAGAAUAUAUCGUACGAUACCAUUUAGGUACUCAUUUAAUGAGACGGACGAAGAGCUAGAUUAA